AUGUCUGAUUCAAAAUUAGCUUUAAAAAAAUUAAAAAAUGUCGGAAUGAGAAAAAUGAAUUUUGCUGGUGGUGAACCAUUCUUGUAUAUGAAGUAUUUGGGAGAAUUGAUUGAAUAUUGUAAAAAAGAAUUAAAAUUGGAAUCGGUCUCGAUAGUUAGCAAUGGUAGCAAAAUAACUAGAAGUUUUUUACUUAAAUAUAAAGACUAUAUUGAUAUUUUGGCAGUUUCGUGCGAUUCGUUCGAUGAUUCUACGAAUGUAAAAAUUGGCAGAGGAAAAAAAGGCGAACACUUGAAAAAUCUAAAAAACAUUUCAACAUGGUGUCGUGAGUUUAACAUUAAAUUUAAGAUUAACACAGUGGUUAACAGGUAUAAUUGGCAAGAGGAUAUGAAUUCACACAUUGAAGACCUUAAGCCCUUCAGAUGGAAAUGUUUUCAAGUUUUAAUAUUGGAAAAUGAGAACGGUGGUGAUGCUGGCAUUGACAGUAACGACAAAACCUUAAGAGAUGCGAGAGAUUUUGUGAUAACUGAUGAACAAUUUCAAUCAUUCAUCAGUCGUCAUCAACAACAACAAUGCAUUGUACCGGAACCAAACAACAUCAUGAAAAACUCUUAUUUGAUUUUAGACGAACAUUUAUGUUUUUUAAAUUGUCGUGAUAACAAAAAAAUUCCAAGUCAAUCAUUAUUAAACGUUGACGUCGACGUUGCUCUUCAAGAGUCAGGUUGGGAUCAGGAUUCUUUUUAUAGAAGAUCUGGCGUAUAUGAUUGGUCUAAAAAUAUUGAUGUUUGUGCUCAAACCAACGAUAAAUCAUUAAAUUGGUGA